AUGGAGCAGGCCCUCCGGCUGGAAGACAAGCUGCAGAAUCUAGAGAACGAAUCCCCUCAAGCACGCCCUAGGAGAAUUCUUUCAACGAAAUCCGCGAUAUCAAUCUCCUCGUCUUUGCAAUCUCUACCCCAGCAGUUUAUCCAGGGUGUUAUGGCAAAUUAUCCCCGCCAACACAAACAAUACCUCGAACACCUGCAGUCCCAACGCAAGGGCCAGGCGCAAGCUCGGCAAGUAGACCACCUGCACCGCAUCAUCAACAACUACAACGAUCACAGUCUACUCAGAUUGCCCCCAGACAUCAUCAAGGAAGACAGCGGGGUGGUAGGGGUUCGGCACGCGGCUCAUUAUCGACAGGUCCUGCCACCGUGGGAAACAGGGGCGAGGAAGAAGAAGCCCAACGUCGUCGCCGAGGGUCUGGUCAAGGAACUCGCGGGGGCCGUGGUCGAGGAAACUUUAUCUAUCAAGAGAAUUGGCGUGGCUAGUGUAUCUUAA